GCUAUCAUAUUUACAACUGGGUAAUUUGAUUGGUUCUAUCGCUUCCUCAUCUGUUUUCUGUCUUCCAUGGAGGAAGAGUUAAGUUCUGUUUUCAAAUUUCCUGCCGGCUUCAGGUUCCAUCCAUCUGAUGAAGAACUCAUCGUUUAUUACUUGCAAAACAAAGUCACUUCACGACCACUACCAGCAUCCGUGAUUGCCGAAAUUGAUCUCUAUAGAUAUAAUCCAUGGGAGCUACCCAGUUUGUCCAAUAAGGCUUUGUUUGGAGAAGAUGAAUGGUACUUCUUUAGCCCCAGGGAUCGAAAAUAUCCCAAUGGAGUCAGACCGAACAGAGCCGCAGGAUUAGGUUAUUGGAAAGCCACUGGAAUUGACAAGCCAAUUCUCACUUCUUCAGGUGCAAAGCCAAUAGGAGUAAAGAAAGCUCUCGUCUUCUACAUUGGUCGGCCACCAAAAGGAGAAAAGACAGAUUGGAUGAUGGACGAAUACAGACUCCCCGACUCAUCAAUUAAACCCUCAAGGUUCAAAGGGUCUAUGAGACUGGAUGAUUGGGUACUAUGUCGGGUUCGAUACAAAGGCAAUAUGUCAAAGAACACAUGUGCAGUUCAGGACAGCCAUAGCGCUGAAUCUGUAAGUUGCAUGCCAAAAGUUGAGCAACGCUCUACAUGUUCAAACUAUGAGAUGAUCACUGACUGUUUAUACAAAGACUGCCCACUACUAGCUUAUAUACUUGCCGGUCAAGCUCCACAUCCUGCCAAGACGAUUUCAAAUGUAAGCAUGGACAAUUAUUCCAACUUAUCUAAAAGGAAAAGUUAUGAAGAAACUAAAACUGAAAACCUUCACUCAUUCUACAAUAAUCUAGACGGCAGGAACAAAUAUGAGGAUUUUCUACAUAGCAAGAUAAUGGCCACCGAGAGUGUCAAUGGUUACAUCGGAAACCAGUUUUGCAAUGAGAUACUUAAUGUUAUCCCAAUGAAUUCCAGUAUCAAAUUUCAGGAGCUUAAAGAAUUGGCCUUGACAGAUACAGGUAGGUACUUUUAGCGAUGAGAUAGUACAGAAACGAAGCAGUGUGUUCGUUCUAGCUAAGUCUUCUAUCUAGAGAAUGGUAUUUUGGUUGCGUGUAUAUGCGUGUAUAUAUUUGUGACCAUGCAAAUAAUGUCAAAAAAUAUUAUUAAAAACUUCUUGCUGCAUAACUGACGUACCAUGAAAAGAAGAAACAAAAUUCUUACA